AUGGCUAUUCCUACUGUCAACCGAGGAUUUUACAAAAUAUUAAAUGAUGAUGAGUUACUAUCUCAAUUCGUUCGCGACCAAAAUUUGGCUCAAAAAAGUGAUGAACACACAUGUCACUGUGGCUCACCUAUGGCCGAUAGCACAAGGAAGAAGACACUCAAAGAUGGUACGGUCAAGGUCUAUCCGACAAUGCGGUGUACCAAUCGACAAUGUCGAAAUCAAUUAAGUGUUCGUAAAAAUACAUUCUUCGCAUUUACUGAUGCAUUGGGUCGACCAAAUUCGAAACUUGAUAUACAGACAAUCUUGGAAUUGAUAUGGCUGUGGUAUUUGGGCACGUCUUCGUCAACAAUUGCCACAUUGGUACAUGUCACGGAAACGACUGUGGUCGAUUGGACAAACUUUUUGCGAGAAGUGUGUCAAGAGAAGCUGAAUGACGCUCCGCAAAUGGGUGGCAUUGGUGAAGUUGUGCAAAUAGAUGAAUCGUUAUUUCGUGGCAAGCGCAAGUAUAAUCGCGGCCGGCAGUUACUGGGCAAUCGUAAAAACGCAACGACAGCCUCCAACAACAACAACGGCCUCGUACAAUACCCAGGUUCGACGUCCAGUGAUGAUUCAGAUUCCAGCACUGUUCAGACAAAUAACAACCGUAAUUAUGCGGCAAGAGUUGAUGGACCCUGGAUAUUCGGAAUUGCGCAGCCAACGGCAGAGGGAUACGAGGUCCGUUUUUUCCAUGUACAACGACGUGAUGCUACUACACUACUUCCAAUUAUCCGGAAAAAUGUUUAUCCUGUCACCACAAUUUGGUCAGACGAAUGGAAAGCUUAUUGUCGUCUACAAGCAACAUACGGCUAUAUGGUACCAUACAUUCACGGUGGAACACCUGCUAAAGGAAUACCAGGGAAUCUUUCUUUUGAAUAA